AUGGAUCUAAAAGUCGAUGAACGAGCAGGGAACCACGAAAUUAAUAGAAUUAAGGAAGUCUUGGAGAAUGAAAAGGCGUUUGGCGCCCAAGUUUUUACACCCGAUGAUACCAAAACCUAUGUAAGAUGUGCAAUACCCGACUCUCCGCCGAUUUGUGGUGCUCUGAACAGUGGGAACGACAUGGUUGAUAAAUGUGUGUACGCAUUUCUUAAUCUCGCUAUCGAAGUUGAUAAACUAGCCUCAGAAGCGAGAGAAAGGAUAUAUAAUGUGCUUUUACUUUAUGGUGAAGAUGGUAGGUCUCCGUUAUCAUGAUUAACCUUUUUAUUUAGGUGAAGAUAAAAGCCAAGGGGAAGUCAUUGAGACUAUGUCCAACUUCUUUCCCUUCUUACACAAUCUUUCCUCGUUUGUUCUCAGAGUAAAGGAAGUGGCGGGCUCCAUCCUCCAACAGCUUUACAGAUUUUUUGAACUAAAGUGGGUACAAAAUACUGUAUACAGUAGCUUCAUUUAUUUUUUUUUAUUUUUAGAGAAAACUUACUGGCAAAAGCAAAAGAACGCCCUCUUUGGCGGUUGUGGAGAUGUCUAGGAGAUGCUUUGGUAAUACUAGCGACAGUCGAGGAGAUCUUUGUUCACCGGCCCUUUAUCAAAGCUCACUUCCAUACCUAUAAGAACUCGAUCAUGUUGGUUGCUCAGAAUCCUGGACAAUUUGGGUUAAAUUCCGAACGAGAUCAGCUUGUAUUACUGAUGAAUACCGUUAACUCUGUGGAUAGAGAAUUGUUUUCGCAGUCUCUAGUUAAGGUAAGUGGUACUUUUGUUAUUUUUAAAAAUGCUUAGGGGUUCUGUGCGUCAUCAGGGUUCGAGACAAUCACGAAGAAUAAGCCAUUUUUGGAGAGAUUCCGCACAAUUAUAAGCGAUUCUUUAUAUAAAUGGGACCAAGUUGCACAAAAUGAUAUUCCCGAUCGACAACGUCUAUUAGUCCUUUGUAAUUUGACCGUUCUUCAUAGUUAUUUAGUGGGCAUCAAUGCUGAUAAAAGGCUGAUCAAGCAGAUUUCGGCGACGCAGAAGAGAUUGACCGGAUUUCAUUUAACGGGCGAUCUUCUCUUUCUUCCCUUAAUGUUUCUAAAGGGGAAUCUGCAUGAGGCUUCGGUGAAAUGUUUGAAUGGCCAGACUUUGGAUGAAUCCAUUAAUUUAAUGCUGACUCAACAGACCGAGCAAUUACAACGGGAGACUCAACUGGCACAAGAGAUUGUCAACGAAUGGAAAGCGGAGAUGAUAAAUGUAAUCAAGGAUACGACCAAUGGGUUGGGGAAUGGAACGGCCAAUCAGACCACCGUUCUCAGGUUCAAUGUUCUUCUAAAGGGAGCCAGAUUAGCUGAUAGAGUGGGACGAUUGGUCAAAUGUAUCCUUAAUGCACAUCUCUUCAAGGACAGGGCUAUCUCCAGAUCAAAUGCUCUUCAUUUAUUCCGGCUGAUUGAGGUUAUGCAGGUUUGUGAUCAUGGCUUCAUUGCAUUUGGUAACAUUAUUUUUACAUUUCAUAUUUUCAGAUUGUCAAAGAUACUAUCACCUACUAUUGGAAUAAUGUGAUCGAAUGGACAUUGCAGGCCAGACAAUACUGGAGUAAAUGUUUCGUCCGGUUAAUCGAAGGAAUCCGACAGGCAAUGAGUAAUAACAGCAAACCCGACCCUUACAAUCUCGAUGUUCUCUCGGCCAUUCAUCUUUCUUGCUUAUAUUUGAGCAAUUCUUCUUCUAAACAGGGACUCAUGGCUGUAGGAUUUGCAUUGGAUAUGGCCAAUUACCUGGUACGAUCACGAUAACUUUUCACUGUCCUUUUAGAAGAAUCUGCGGACUUCGGAGAUACUAGAGAUCGAUGAAAUCUUGGUUCGAUUGGAUUCAAUAUCUAUGAUUGGCGAUAUAAUCAAUCGAGUAACCGACUGUUCUUUCCUUUAUUUCCACCGGAGUAUUGCCAAUAUUUAUUUUGAAUCGUUGAUUACAAUGGAAUCUAAUGCAGACGGGGUAAAAGUAAGUAGUGUUUUUUAUGUUGAUCUAUUUUAGAAGUUCUUUAAUGCGUUGGACGAUUCAAGUGCCAUCAUUCAACAUUGCAGACAUAAGCCAGUCGAUAAAAUUGUUGAUGACUUCAGAGAGGAUAUUUUUGCAUCAGUUGAGGAGGUAAAUUAUUGUUUUAUUUUUCUUGCUGUAUCUUAUUAUCUCACAGAUUCUACAUCAUAUCUUGCAGAAUCUAAUAGACAAACUCUGUACGAAUAUUGAGAACGACCUGCGGGUCCUUGCACAUUCCCAUCAGAACAUUGACGAGGAUUUCAUUGAGACCGAGAUCUUCAAGACCAAAAAAGGCAAGACUCCGUACUUGUAUGAAAAUCAAGAAAAUUUCCAAAGAAUUCGCGAAUUGAUCGAAUUAGGACCGUUAACUCUUAUGGGAUAUCAAUUGAGUUUGAAGGAGAAAAUUGAAAAAAACAUCCAGAAGGUGUUCUACGAGCUGACUGUAGUCGCUUUGCAUGACUCGGAGACAUAUUCACAGAUGAGAUUAUUGGCCAAAAAGAGGUUCAAUCUGGAUUUAUUGGACAGCAAUCUUCCACAUAUGGCCAUCGAUCAGGGAUUGGACAUCCUGAAAGUAACAGCCAGUUUGGAUAGCUUCGUUGAGAGUUAUUGUUAUGACCUGAAGGAGCAGGUAAGAUCUAUAGAAGCGUUUGCGAAUAAUGUCAUCGCCUUCUGUUGUCAUCAUCUAAUUACUAAUUUGAGGCUUUCUACGAGAAAAAGUCGGCCACGAAGAUGCUGAAUGUAAUGCGGGUAAAGAACGUCGUGUCUUCCAUUAAAACCCGGGGGAUGGGUAUUGUUCAUAAUACGGUAGGAUUAAGAAGAUUAAAUUAAUGUCUGUUGUUUGCAGUUGAAUGUUGCCUACAAUGUGUUGAAAAAGAAAUUAAAACUGUUUUCCAAAAUGAUGUUCAACGAGCAGAUCAAGUUGCAGCUGAUGAAGGAUAUCCGAUAUUACCGAGAUAACAUUGAUGAACUCGAUCAAAUGGUGAGAAAACAGGAAUAGACAUGUCAUUUGUGGUUAACUUUGGUGAUUGUUUUUUAAAUUGCAGUAUCCCGUUCGUCGAGCCGAGAAGUUCAACGCCUCGAUUGUGAAGCUGGGCACAACAGCCAAAGGCCAAACUCUUCUAGAAGCAUUUAGACAAGUAAUUGUGGAGAUCGGCAACACCCUCGGCUUUGUUCGGAUGCUACAGUCCGCCAUUCUGAAUGUGAAUUGUUUUACGGCCGAGAUGGAGUCCAUUGAAGACAAUGCGAUUAAGGCCAAUCCGAUGGGGACAUUCAUCGAUUGUCUCAACAAUUCGUUGACGCCGUUUCAGAAAGACAAUGAUUACAUACAAGUAGGUCGUUUAUUAUACUAGGAAUGAUAUUGGUGAAUUGUAAGGUAUAAUAUAUUCGUUUCAGUUGAUGCUGCAGGUAUUCUCGAAGGAGUUGAGGAAUCUGGAAAGGUUUGCUCAUCUCAGGAACUUCUUCAUCCUGAUCCCGCCUCUGUCCAUCAAUUAUGUUGAAUAUCUGUUUGCGUCCAAAGCCAAGUCUUUGAAGACCAGUUCGGCCGAUCAUGAACUAAUAUUUGUGGAAGAUGGUUUCCCCAUGGGUGUAGCGUUUAUUCUCUCUGUUCUCAAUCAGGAUUACUUUUUCGAUUCCGUGAAUUGGUUUGAAUCAGUUCAAAUCAAUUUAAAUAAUUUGUUGAAAGUAACUCAGAAGGAAGAACAAACAGCUCAGAGGAACAAGGACAACUUCUUCGCUCAGACUCUGGCAAUUCGGCUAGCCCGGUUCCAAGAAAUCGAGGCUGAAUUUGAUUAUUUGAGUUACAAUCUCCAGUCCUCGAGGAUGUUUUUCAAUUCGAACCAAGUCAUUGAUGACGAGGACGAGCACUUCCUGGAAGAUAUUGUUCAUUAA